UACGGAAUUUAAAAAUUUUGGUCCACAUUCCCUUUGUGUCCGGGGAAAAGGUGUUCCACCUGAUCCUGGACUUCAUUUCCUCCGAAUGGGCAACUGCUUAGGUUCACGAAAACCGUCGGGUAACAGACUCAAUGAACCAGGUGAUGUCGCACGAACACCUGCUGGUCCCCAGCCUGAUGCAGCCACAGCUCGCGAGAUGCGGCUAGCAGCUGCGGAAGGUCGUCAGAAAAAGCAAAAUAACAGAGGUGUCCAAGGUUCUGGUGGGAAGCUGAGUCAAAAAUUGCAGGCACAAAGUAAGCUCAAGCCUGGACAGGAAAAUGAAGAGAAUGUCGAGCGGAUAGUUUGGGACUAAAGGGUCCAGAAUACUUCUGUACUUUCGAAAUUUGUUAAAAUAAAAAAUCCCAACCCGUUUCAUUCGUA